CCGCGGGUGCCCCGUGCUGAUGGUGCCUUCCUGCCUGCCCCGCCAGUGCCGCAGCUGCUGUACGGAGGGAAGCUGGAUUUCCUCGUCUUCGAUUACCUGUCCGAAAUCACCAUGUCGCUGCUGACGGCCGCCAAGGCCCGGUCUCCCGUUUUAGGUUACACUCCGGAUUUUGUCUCCACUGCCAUGGGUCCCUAUAUAAAAGAUAUUCACAGGAAAGGUGUUCGUGUCAUCAGUAAUGCGGGUGGAAUUAAUCCACUUGCUUGUGCAGCUGCCCUUCAGGAGGUGGCAAAGAAAGCAGAUGUUGAUUUGAAAAUAGCUGUUGUUGCUGGAGAUGAUCUGAUGAGUGAGAAAGAGAAAUUAAAAGGAGCUGGUAUCACCGAUUUAGAGAGUGGCAAACAAUUUCCAGAGAAUAUUCACAGCAUGAAUGUGUAUCUUGGUGCAAGACCGAUAAGCAGAGCUCUAGACCUUGGAGCUGAUAUUGUUGUGACGGGCAGAUGUGUAGACAGCGGGAUUGUAUUGGGACCACUCAUUCAUUCUUUUGGCUGGAAUAGGGAUGACUAUGACUUGCUAGCUGCGGGAAGUCUUGCAGGUCAUCUCAUUGAAUGUGGUGCUCAGUGUACAGGUGGAAUAUUCACUGAUUGGCACACAGUACCAGACUGGCACAACAUAGGCUUUCCCAUUGUAGAAUGUUCCUCUGAAGGAGACUUUAUUCUUUCCAAACCACCAGACACAGGGGGACUAAUCUCUUUUGGCACUGUAGCUGAACAGUUGGUGUAUGAAUUGGGCAAUCCUCAGCGCUAUCUUUUACCAGAUGUUACAUGUGACUUUUCCCAGGUUUCCAUCACUGAAGUUCCAGGUUUUGAUGGUGGAGCAGUGAAAGUUUGUGGAGCAAAAGGAUUGCCUCCUUCAACAUUUUAUAAGGUAAAUGCCACUUAUCUUGAUGGCUUCAGAGCUACUGCUGUCUGUCCAGUGGGAGGCCCAAAGGCAGUACAAAAAGCAAAACGCACUGCAGAAGCUAUUCUGCAAAGGACUCGUCUUAUUUUCAGUCAGCUUGGGUAUGAAGAUUACAGUGCAGUUAACAUACAGGUUUUAGGGUCUGAAGAUACAUACGGACCUCAUGCUAGAAGGAGUAUAGAUGGUGGUCCUCGGGAAGCUGUUAUUUGGCUUGCUGUACACCAUAAACAAAGAGAAGCUGUAGAAAUCUUCUCCAAAGAGAUUGCACCAGCUGGAACUGGCAUGGCCCCUGGCCUCACUGGAAUUGUUGGAGGGCGCCCCAGAGUGUCUCCGGUUUUGAAGCCAUUUUUCUUCUAUUAUCCCAAAAGCAAUGUUCAGAUCAACCUAUUUUUAAAUGGGCAGCAUGUUGAGAUAUUUGAGGAGGAGCUCACUUUUACAUCAGAUGAUGUGGAUUCCUUUGAUCUACCCAAGACUAGCAGUGAGUUGAAAGAUCUACCAAGUGGUCCACAUACUUACCGCUUAGAAGAUCUUGCCUACACUAGAAGUGGAGACAAAGGCAAUUCUGCAAACAUAGGUGUGAUAGCACGGCAUCCCCUCUACUAUCCAUACCUAAAGAAAACUUUAACUGCUCAAGCCCUGGAGAAUUACUUUCAACACCUUUUAGAGCAUGAGAAACCAGAAGAAGAGCUAGUAACAAGAUAUGAGUUGCCAGGAAUCCAUGGAUUAAAUUUUGUUCUGAAGAAUUCCCUUGGUGGUGGUGGUAUAGCAUCCCUAAGAAGUGACCCACAGGGUAAAGCACUUGGACAGAUGCUGUUGGAUUUCCAGAUUAAAAAUGUUCCUGAUUUAAAAUCACUGAUAGAAUAACAGGUGUUUAAUAUUUUAACACUAAGUGGUAUAAAAACAUGUUAUAAACAAGAACUGGCUUCUUGAAUUAAUUUUGGUUUUUUUAAGGUUAAAGAGUAGAAAGUUGGCAGUUACUUCUCAGAGGCUUAGCUAUAUGGCACAGAUUAGCAAAUAUUUUGAGUAAUACCAGACUAAUAGCUCUGUCUGAUAACAUUUCCUGUCUAGAUAAUACAAUGGAUGAAGAAUCAAUUUAUUACCUGCAAAACAGAAUUAAUCAAAUUGCAACAUAACAUUUAAUUAUGAGACAAGGUAAUCCUUGUUUCAAGAUAGAAAUUACCUCCUGUUUGGUCCAUCUCUCUUUUCCUUCUUUCAUCCUUUAUUUGAAAAUCGACUGGACUGCUGUCCUGUCAGCUGUGUCUGUCCUGUGCAGUGAGUGAGGCUGGCUAACCUGCUCUGCACUGCUGGGAAGUCAGCACUGUCUGCUACUGGGGAACGGUUUUCCCUGCUGGGCAAUAAAGAAAAGUAAUAAUUGGUACUGUUAUACAGUGACUGGUCGUAAAUGCUGACCUUUGGUGGUGAUCCACCAAACUUCCAGCACUUUGUCUGGUUAAUGACAGACUUUGUUACUACGUUUUCCAAUACCUUUUACUAAUUAAUCCUUCAGUUGAAAGCACUGAAUAGUAGUAAAUUGCAGAUCUUAGUGUGGUAAUAAAUUUGAGGAUGUGGAAAGGGGAGUCUGCCCUCUCACUCCUUCUUGUGGUGGUGCAAUCCUGGCAGGGAUGAAGCAGGCCUGGGUGGUUCCAGGGCUGUUAAAUCCUUGAUUUGUGCAGGAGAGUCAUGCCUGGAUUAAGUUGUCAUUUGCAUUGCCCUUCCCACAAGAAGGUGUCUUCUGCUAUGAAGGAAAACCAUGUUGAGUGCAGUGUAUUCUGUCUUUCUUCUGACUCCCAGUUAUCACCUCUCCAUCUCCCUUCCUGCACAAUAUGAUUAGCAUGUUCAAAUUGGGGUACGUCUGAACUUCUUCAUCUCAUUAAGAAGAGACUUAAAAAUCUGUAUCAUACUUCUGGGACAAUAGCAAGGUGGAGAUUCUGGUAACUGUAUUUUCUCUGCAGAAGCUAUAAAAAUACUACUCCACACAUUCAGGCAUUUUAUAUUCAUAUUUUUUUAUUUUAUUUUGGGGAGAUUGUAUUAAUUGUUUAGCGCUGACGAAACGAGGCAUUACUCAUACCAGAAAAAAUUAUGGAAAUAAGUGGUUUUUUUGUCACAAAACCUACCUGUUAGUUCCUAAAUUUCCAAUGCUGUAUAUCACUGUUACUAAUUUCCUAGCCACUUGCUUGCUAGUAAGGACUAUGCAAUGAAUUGUUCCCACAUUUUCUGUGGUUUUUGCUUAUUCAGAUUGAAUGUAUCAUAAAUGAAUGCUUUAUCCAUCUAAACAUUUAUUGCCUGAGUAAAUCAUAGGUACUGUCCAUGUGCACAACAUGACUGUCAGGUUGUAAAAAAUGAGUCAUUACUUCAUUGCAGAAAAACGGCCAAGGUAAUAACUUGAAAGGGAAAAUGGCAUGCAGGUUUUAUUAUGUUUACAGUCACUGUUUGUUAGAAAACUUCCUUCAUAAUUUGGGCGCCUGUUGAGAGGAAGUAAAAAAGAAAAAAUUACAGACCUCAGUAGCAAACCUUCAAGGAUAAAAAUGCUACAGUAAAUAUUUGCAGUUCACUCGAUAUGCUGCUUAAGUCACUCUGGAAAUGUGUAUGCAGUAAGUCUUUGAAUAAAAGUGAACAUUUAUAAAAGUAUAAA